UUAACCAUUAUUGUACUUCAAUAUAUUUCAAGAAAAAAAACUUUGUUGGCAUGACAACGGAUUAAGGUAUACAAUGAAAAACAUUUCCAAAUCCAAAACGUAAUGAUAUAAUGUUUAUCAAAUGCUGAAGUGUUUAACAAUAUACUCUUCGGUGAUUACUUCCUUCAAGUGUUCAAAAGUUUCAUUAUUACUUAGAAAUGGAUUAUUUACAAAUAAAAGAUGGCCAGUAUACUAAAACUAUUUAUACUAUGAUAAAAGAAGCAAGGUAUGAGGAUGCUAUCAAAGCUUUAAAUGACGCCAUCAAUUUCACUCCAAAUCGCGCUGGACUCUCGCUUCUCGGAUAUUGCUACUAUAGAACUCAAGCAUUUGUCGAAGCGGCUAAUUGCUAUGAGCAAUUAACAGCGAUGCACCCAGAUAUACCAGAAUAUAAACUAUACUUUGCUCAAGCCCUAUAUGAGGCUUCAAUGUUUGACGAGGCAUAUAAAGUUUCAAUGCAAAUCUCCUCUCCAGAAUUAGAGAGGAAAGUUAUCAAAUUGCAAUCUGCAAUUAAAUAUGGCGAAGAAGACACAAUUUCCGCUAAAGCACUAGUGGACUCCUAUCCAACAGAAGAUCCGGAUAAAGACAUUAAUCUUGGAUGUCUACUUUUCAAGGAAAAUCAAUACGAUGAAGCAUUGCAGAAGUUUUCACGGAGCUUAAAUGUAUUAGGUUUUAACGCACAUCUUCAUUACAACAUAGCACUUUGCUAUUUUAGACUUAAAGAAUAUCCACAAGCUUUAAAACACAUCACCUUGGUAAUAGAAAGAGGUAUCAGAGAUCAUCCAGAAUUAGCUGUAGGCAUGCAAGCUGAUACAUCUGAAGUUAAAUCAGUUGGUAAUUCUUUGACUCUUCAUGAAACUGCACUUACUGAAGUAUUUAAUCUAAAGGCAGCAAUAGAAUAUCAACUUAAAAAUGUAGAGGCCUCUAGAGAAGCACUAAAUGAUAUGCCUCCAAGGCAUGAACAUGAAUUGGAUGCUAUUACACUACACAAUUUGGCAUUAACCUCAAUUGACAUUAAACCAACUGAUGGGUUUGAAAAGCUUCAUUUUCUACUACAGCAAGACCCUUUUCCGCCUGAAACUUUUGCGAAUCUUUUACUUUUGUACUGUAAAUUUGAAUACUACGAUUUAGCAGCUGAUGUUUUGGCUGAAAAUGCUCAAUUCACUUACAAAUACUUGACACCAUAUUUGUACGAUUUCUUAGAUGCAAUUAUAACAAGCCAAACAUCACCUGAAGAAGCUUUCCAAAAAUAUGAAGACAUUGCUUCCAAGCAUGCAGAACAACUCAGAAAACUUACAAAAGUUGUUCAAGAAAGUCGAUCACAAGGCGACAAUGACCAAGUUAAGAAAGCCGUAGUCGAAUACGAAGAGGCAUUAGAGAGAUAUAUACCUGUAGUUAUGGCACAAGCUAAAAUAUACUGGGAUAUGGAAAAUUAUGGCCAGGUGGAAAAGAUUUUUCGUAAAUCCGUAGAAUUUUGCAACGAAUCAGAUGUUUGGCGUCUCAAUGUUGCCCAUGUCUUAUUUAUGCAAGAAAACAAAUACAAAGAGGCGGCUAGCUUCUAUGAGCCGAUUGUUAAAAAACAAUACGACAAUAUUUUAGACGUAAGCGCAGUUGUAUUAGCUAAUUUAUGUGUAUCUUACAUAAUGACAUCACAAAACGAAGAAGCUGAAGAUAUUAUGCGUAAAAUAGAAAAAGAAGAAGAACAGCAGAUAUUUGAGGAUCCUCAGAAGAAAUUUUACCAUUUGUGUAUUGUUAACCUAGUCAUUGGCACUUUAUAUUGUGCCAAGGGAAAUUAUGAAUUCGGUAUAUCAAGAGUAAUCAAAUCAUUGGAGCCGUUUAAUAAACGUUUGGGUACCGACACAUGGUUCUAUGCUAAAAGAUGUUUUUUGUCCUUCCUUGAAAAUCUAGCAAAACACUUGAUCGUGGUAAAAGAUAACACUAUUAAAGAUUGUUUGCAGUUCCUUGAAGGCUGUGAAACUUACGGUAGACGCGUAAGCACCGUUAUCGAGAGCCCGUUUCAAGAGGAAGACGUUAAUUCCAAAGCAAAACAAACCGUCACUUACGAAGCACGUUUGCUACGUUACAUGUUCUACAAACUGCGGAACAUUGACGAUUCAGUUACAAUUAAUAAGUAUGAAGAUUUAAAAUAAAUCACUUACCUGGU